GCUUCAUUUACUCUCUUUUGGCUACAAUUAUUAUUGUUACAUUUGAGUUCACUCACAAUAAUAAAAGGAAAAGAUGACGAAAGGGACGACCUCGAUGGGGCAGCGCCAUGGGCGGACUCACAUUCUCUGCCGCCGUUGUGGCCGCAACGCCUACCACGUGCAGUGGGAGCGGUGCGCGGCCUGCGCUUACCCCCGGCCCAGCCGAAGACGCUAUAAUUGGUCGGUGAAGGCGAUCAAACGACGACGAACGGGGACCGGGAGGUGCCGUUAUCUCAAGGUUGUUAAUCGCCGCAUCGCGAAUCACUUUAAAACCCCGAAAGCGUGAAGAAAGAUGCACACCAAAAAGGAGCUAGAAGAAAAAGGAGUGGGGUAGGAAUUGCUCAUUUAGGUAAACCUCAGAUUUACUACUCUUCCUUUUUUUUUUUGUUAUCCUUCAUAUGGGGUGUAUUGCGUGUGCACGCCUGUGAAUGAAGCUGUGUUUAUUAUAUUUUUCUCAUUUAUUAAAAAAAA